AUGCGGCCCCUGCGUAAGGCGCGGAGAACACCACAAGUGUCAGUGGCACAUCAUCGAACCAAUGUAAGUUCCGUCCUCCCCCCCCUCCCCUUUUGGCCCUAUUGCCGAUACCGGCACCCAAGGGAGAAAUAUGUCACCCGCACCGAGUAUGACGAGCUCAAGGCAAAGGUCCUCGACCUCGAAUCCCUCGUCCACCGCCUCGCCCCCCCGCCCCGUCUCCCCCUCCCCUCUCCUUCCCUCGACCCCGUCCAAGGCACAGUCAUAACUCCUUACCACCCCCCACACCCUCCCCUAGGCCCCCACCCGUACUACAACAUGACCCCGGCCUUUGCCUCUGCCUCUUCCCGCCCGGACCCAUCCGCGCCCCAUCCUCGGCCCCCCAAACUAAUCGCCCCCCGCAGCCCCACUUCUUCGCGUCCAUCCACCUCUUCCGGCCAUCCUACAUCCAUGUCCAUGCCCCUCUCGCCCCUCGAACAGGGUCAUUUCACCUACUCUCCACCAGCCCCGGCCUCCAUCCCUUCUUCGUCCGAGCAGCAGCAGCCGCCGCCGCCGCCAAUACCCCCGACCUCGCGCCGUGCCUCGCUCUCCAUCGCUGCCAUCAUGGCCCCGAAUGUGCCCCCGCACCGCUCCCCUCCCGCGCCGCCGCACCGCGCCCCGAGCCCGUCAAAAAAAUGCACCGCGCAGACGCCUCCCCCGCCGGGCCAGCGUCUGCGCAGGGAGCUCCCAACACGCUCAGGCCCGGCCCCGGCGCUGCCCCCGCCGCAUCAUCGUCACCACCUUCCGCCUCACCGCCCCACCCCCGCCGCCGGUCGACCCUGUCCGCUGCCGAUUUCAGUCUAA